ACUGAUAUCACUCCCUCUCUCUCUCUUCCGAGAUGGAGUUCUUCACCGGAGCUCGGGCGGUCAAACUCCGCAGCCACCUCGAUAAGUACCUAGUCGCUGAUGAUGACCAAGAAAGGGUCCGACAAUCCCGGAAUGGUUCGUCCCAAAAAGCGCGAUGGUUCGUCGAGGUAGUCGGAGACAAGAAUGUUAUCCGCCUGAAAAGUUGCCACGGUACGUACUUAACUGCCACCGAUCAACCCUUUCUACUUGGGAUGACGGGGAAUAAGGUAUUUCAAACAGUGCCCGAGAAGGUGACUGACUGGAAUAUCCAGUGGGAGCCGAUUCGGGACGGGUUUCAGUUGAAGUUCAAGUCGUGGUGCGGGACGUAUUUGCGCGGGAAUGGAGGGACGCCUCCGUGGAGAAAUUCUGUGACCCACGACGAGCCGCACACCGGGGCCACGAAGAAUUGGGUUUUGUGGGAUGUGGAGGUGGUGGAGGUUCCGGAAUAUGGGUCGGUCAUGGAGUACUUGUCGUUUGUGUCGAGCUUUUCCUCCGUCUCGGAACAGGUGAUGGAGGCGCUGAGUGACGAGGUUUCCGGGUCGGAUCCUCAGUCGCCGGUUUCUGUCGUUAGUUCGUUGAAGUCACCGAAAUUUUCAAUUUUCUCAACUGGAUCACCCAGAUCGUUACCAAAACAGAUACAAUUCGAUCAUAUCCGUUCCGGGAUGGAUUUCUUCCACAACGCCAAGGUGGUGCGGCUCCGUAGCCACCACAGCAAGUACCUUCUGGCUGACGAGGACGAGGAAUCCGUCACCCAAGACCGCAACGGAUCCUCCAAGAACGCCCGAUGGACCGUCGAGUUCGUGUCUGGAUCCCAGUCCAUAAUCCGCCUCAAGAGUUGUUACGGCAAGUACCUCACCGCCUCCAACCAACCCUUCUUGCUCGGGAUGACUGGCCGGAAAGUGUUGCAGACACUGCCCCAUCGACUCGACUCGUCGCUCGAGUGGGAGCCUGUCAGAGAUGGGUCUAAGGUUAAGCUCAAGACCCGGUAUGGCAAUUUCCUGAGGGCUAACGGCGGGGUGCCGCCAUGGAGGAACUCUGUAACGCAUGAUAUCCCGCAGCGGACUGCUACGCAGGAUUGGGUCUUGUGGGAUGUGGAUGUUAUAGAGAUUCAAUUGCGGCCUACGGCGAGCAGCCAUGAACCGUCAGCUCCACCAAUUGAUCAUUCGGAUUCAUUGGAUUUUGCAUCGUGUUCGCCGUCCCCUGUUUCAGCCAAAUCCGAACCCUUUUCAAGACAAGAGUCUACUGAUUCUCAUACUGGUUCGCCCCCAAAAUCAGAGGGCAGAACAAUAUACUACCAUAUCGCCGAUGAGGCUGGAGAGGUGGAUGACGGUUCAACAGAGGGGUAUGCUUUGAGUUUCAAGGGGAGUGGAGUUGAGGAAUUGACUCAGAAAUUAAGGGAAGACACUGGUCUCGACGAGAUUGUAGUGUGUACUCGCAGUCCUUUGAACGGAAAUCUCUAUCCUCUUCGGCUGCAACUUCCCCCCAACAAUGCCGAUAUGCAUGUUAUUGUAGUUCCAUCGUCAUCAACAGCGGCGAAAGAUUUUGCAAAACAAGGGAGUACAUUGUCAUGAGCAACAUCUAUGGCAUGUCAUGGUUUUAUUCAUACUACAUGCUCUGUACAUCCUAAGUCAUGCCUCUUCUUAUACUAGCUGAAGGGCAAUCAUGGUCAAGGAUGAUGAGAUAUCUUUCCAAGUUCCAAACCAGUGUGUUCAUACAGCAAGAAGUUGAGUACGGUCUAAUGGAGAGAAGCAAUAAAAGUAGAAGGUUUAUUGCUGUUGGAGAGGAUAUAUAGUCGUGGCAUAGCAUAUAAAAAGGUUUUUCUACCUAAAUAGCUUCAUUGAUUGGUUUUUUGGUAUAAAAAAUUGCUGCAAGCCUUUCUUUUUCAAGAUGAUGUGGGGUUUGAUAUGUGUAUUUUGUUCCCUGGUUGUCUAAUGCAUAUAAUUUUGUUAUAAAUUUACUGCAUGAUUCAUGAAUGAAAUUACUAUCUGAUGCGAUCUAGAAUGAUGUAUUGGAAGGGACAUGAAUCACACCAU